AUACGAUUCCGCGCGAUCGCGUGCCGACAGAAGCGGAAUAUCGCGACGCGGCCGCGGAUGUGAAUGGUCCUCAACGAUCGUGAACGAAGAAACCGUACGUCUUCGACCUAGGAUAAAAUCAGACUUUUGCAUUCUACGAGUGACUAUUGCGUCGGCUACGAUCCAGUGUCGUUUAUUGUAAACCUUCGAAAGAUCGUUUUACAGAUGACUUUGCUUGCGAAACAGCCUACUAUACGUGUACCACGGUUUCGAUACCUACGACUUGGCUUUAUAGUGUAAAUUGGACAAAGAGUUUCUGAAGAAAGGUGGGAAAAUUGAAAAUUGUUUUCUUCUGGAUGCUGGAAGCUUACAGAAGAUUCGAAGAAGAACAGCAGGAAAAGGCUAAUAUCAAAAUACCAGAAAGAGGAUGAGUGAAAAUUUUUUACUGAAAAUUUUCACUUUGAAUUUCCAAUUGAAAUGAAUUUAUGGGAGGCAGAGGAACGCGAGAAUAAGGGCUUCUUUGAUUGGAGAAAGGUAUAUGGGAAAUUAUGGGAUCCUGGGAACUUGAAUAAAGGAAGAAACACCAGAGUGCUUUAUAAAUCGAUCGAAUUUUGGUGAAAAAUAAGAGACAUAGCCGAAUUGAUAUUGAAAUAUAAAAAAAGAAGAAAAUCAAAUCAACUUUAGAUGCGAGUGCAAAAAUAAGUAGAUCGAGUCGUGUAAUUAGAAAUUGUAAUUAGAAACAAUUAAAAUGAGUAUCGUGAAUGGAAUAAAUAAUUCGAACGGGCACGUGGAUUUGGAGGCCAAGAUGGAACCGGAUAUCGAGGAAGAGAAAAGAAGGGAGAAAAAAGGAGUUAUGUACCAGAUAAUCAUGGCUUUGUGCGCGAAUUCCUCGGUUUUGGGUCCUUCGAUGGCAUUCGGUUACAGCGCGGUUGCACUGGGACCGUUGAUGUCCAAGACCAGCGACGUACAAAUUGAUAAAACCCAAGCGAAUUGGAUAGCUACCGCCACGGCGCUGGGUAUCCCACUCGGUUGCAUCCUCUCCGGUUACACCAUGAGAUGCGGAAGAAAGGUGAGCCUGUUGAUAACAUCCGUCGUCUCCAUCCUCGGCUGGAUCGUCAUCUACAUGGCUGGAACGUAUAAACAAAUCCUCGUUGGCAGAAUAAUUUCCGGAAUCGCGACCGGCUCGGCUUCGGUACCUGCCACAAUUUACAGCGCAGAAGUGGCCUCACCGAAGUGGCGAGCAACAAUGGUCACGUGGACCAGCGUAUCAAUAGCGAUCGGUGUACUGAUCGUUUACAUUUUCGGUUACGUGUUCAAGGACGACUGGCGAAUGGUGGCUCUGAUGUGCGCCCUCUUCCCGCUUGUCUCGGCCACGUUAACCUUGGCCAUCGUCCCAGAAACCCCGAUCUGGUUGCGAGACAGAGGUCGUCUAGACGAGGCGUUACAGGUGUUGAAAAAGUUUCACGGCAUCCCAAAGGACGCGUCACCCCCGGCUCACGUGUACGAUCAGCUGACUCAACGUCCGCAAAAGAAGAAACAGAAUCUCUUGAAGCAUCUGUUGAAAAGAAACGCCAUGCACCCGUUCGCCAUCAUGCUGGCAUACUUCUUCUUCCAACAAUUCUCCGGCAUAUUCGUGGUGGUAUAUUACGCGGUUGACAUCAUAGAAAACGCUGGUAUCACCAUAGACCCGUAUCUAGGAGCAGUUUUGAUAGGUUUCACCAGGCUCGUUGGAAGUGUACUGGUGGCCUGUCUGUCGGGACGAUUCGGUAGAAGAAUCCCGUCGAUCGUUUCCGGUGCUGGAAUGACCAUCUUCAUGGGUGUGCUGUCCAUUUAUUUGCUGAUCGAAGACAGAGGUUACACCAUAAGGGACGGUGGUUUCGUUCCUGUAAUAUGCGUGCUUAUGUACAUCUUCUCGAGCACCUUAGGCUUCCUGGUGAUACCGUUCGCCAUGGUGGGCGAAGUUUACCCCACCAAGGUGAAAGAAGUACUGACGGGACUCACCAGUUGCAUCGCAUACAUCUUCAGCUCGAUCACCGUGAAGACUUACCCGGACAUGGAGGUCGCGUUAGGCAGAUACGGUGUGUUCAUGUUCUUCACGGUACUCUCGUUCUUUGGUACCCUGUUCGUUUUCUUCUUCCUACCCGAGACUAAGGGCAAAACGCUGACCGAGAUCGUGGAAAUGUUUUCAAAAAACGGCAAAGCCGCCGAUCGCCUGGAGAAAGAGAGAAUGAUGGACCUUAAAGACGUGUCGGCGGCUGCGUAACAGUGUUCUUGGUCCCUUAUUGAUAUUAACCCUUGAACAACGGAGCCUGGGUCGAUGUGAUCCAAAGUUAUAUAGGAGGAUAUCAAGCUAAAGUUAAAUGUAUCAUUUUUAGAAGAAAGAAUUUAAUAUAUUGGAAGAAUAAUUGUGUAAAAUAAUAUGAAAUA